AUGUCAAAUGAGAUAGACCAUAAGUUAAAAGGAAGAAAAAAAAUAAAUUUUGGUUGGAAACACAACGGGUUCAGAAAAGUGACUGAACAGAGUGAGAAACCGAAUCAAACGGUGGAAGCAGUAGACAAAACCGCCUUACUUUUCUUUACUCGAAAACAUUUUUCUCAUUUUAAUUCUAUUUUCAUUUUUGAAUGUGGUGUUGUUGACGCAAACAUUUCUGCUUUUGCUUUCAUGCAACGUUAG